AUGGCGCGCUGGCCCGGCUCGCUGGUGCGCCCUCUACGUAGCGGGCUCUCUAUAGCCCGCGGCAGCAUUGGUGGGAGCAGCGGCGGCGGCGGCGGCGAUAGCGGCGGCGGCGACAGCGACAGCGGCAGCGGCGAUGCGCCAGUUGCGCUCGUGCUGACGCAUGCCCUCGGCUUCAGCAAGGAGUGCUGGGCGCCUGUGCUGGAGGAUCUUGCGCCGCUGCUGACGCGCCGGGUUGAGUGGGUUGCGCUCGACUUCUCCGGCCACGGCGCGUCAACAUCGUCUCCGCCGACGGGGCGGUGGGACGAGUACCACGUGGCCGAGGCGCGGGAGGUGCUUCAGUCGGAGCUGCGUGCUGUCGCUCCGGCGUCGCGCACCGUCGGAGUGGGCCACUCCAUGGGCGGCGCCGUGCUGGCUGCGCUCGAGCUGCGCCAGCCUGGCUCGCUUGCUCGCGUGGCGGCCAUUGAACCGCCCAUCUUCCCGGCCGCCGUCGGCCGGCUCGCGCGCCUGCUCACCUCCGCAGGGCUGAACCCGCUAGCCAACGCCGCGGCGCAGCGCCGCCGCGCCUGGCCGAGCGCGGCCGCCGCGCGGGAGCACUUUGGCUCGCGCAUGGCGGCCGGGUGGGACUCUCGCUCGCUCGACGCCUUUCUCGGCGGCGCGCUGAGGGACGCUCCGGGAGGCGGCGUCGAGCUCUGCUGCGACCCGGCCACCGAGGCGCGCUGCCUCGGGCUGCCCCUCGUCGCCAGCGAGGUGGCGGCGGGGUACGACGGAGGCGCCGCCGUCACGCUCGUCACCUGCUCCGCGUCGCGCUUCUCGCCGUUGCUGCUGCCGGGCAGCGGUCCCGCCGCCUACUCGCUCGUCGCGCAGACGCUGCGCGCGGGCGUGGUCCGACUGCCAGGGGCGAGCCACCACCUGGUCGUGCAGGAGCAACCGGCGCUGGUGGCGAGGCUCGUAGCGGAUGAGGUAGCUGCGAUCGUCUAG